UCGUGUGCUGAGCUGUUGGCUGAACCUCAGGACCGAGCUGGCCAAUCGUGUUGGUUCUGCCCUACGGGCUUCUUAUAUGUCCUAGAACUGUCGCUGGCAGAAGUAGCAUAAGCAAGCAACAGAUGAAAAGACCUAAGCACUGCACGAAAACAGCCUCCAGACGCUGUACUAACCGGUUCGAGAAAGCUGCGAGCUACGCAAGCCAUGUGCUGAUCCGGGUUCAUUCGCAGUGCUGUCGGCGCAUGAUAAAGGUGCACGAGACCCACAAAGAUAAAACAAAGCUAGAUAUCCCAAAUAAGUGAAAGAAAGUUACUAAGUGUUGGAUAGGGGAAUAUAGGAUUUCCCUCGGAACAACACUUAAUUAAUGUUGAAUCGUGCAAUUGCUAUAGUACACAGUAGGACUUAAUCUAGAUCACACGACGGUUAAUGGGAACACAGCUGAUGUGAUUUUUAGCAGCGAUCUUUCGGUAGACAAUAUUCCACGUUUAUACUGUGCUAAUGCAAAACAUGGAUUACUGUUUGUCAGCCAGAUGCCCAGUGGAUUAGUGAAGUGCGCCAGUGAGAUACGCAUUAUGCGUUCGGCCAUACUUUCUUGAAAGCGUCUGUGUAUUUAUGUGACACUGGAUACUAUGAGCUGAAGUCAAUAGACCAAAUGGAACCGUACGAUGCUACUAGACUGGGCUUGAGGCGACAACCCAAGCCAGGAAGAUAAAGCAAACAGGCGAACGAGUAAGAGGCUUUUCAGAGAUUCACCAUCGUAUCGCUUCACGGAGGAAUAACAUUAAGUAAUACGCAGCUAAGUUCCGCGGCUUAACUUAAGUGUUCUCUGAUUCUAUGAACAACUGUUUGACAAACAUGUCCAUAGUUUAAAAUUUUUUUUGUGUUUGCAAGUAAUGAGUAUUUGCAAAUCUCUAAUGCCGACAGUCAAGCACAACAUUCUAACAGUCAGUCGACGCCGAGAUACUUACUUCAGCGGUCUUAACUUAUUUUGAAUACGAUCGAUAUCUGUUCACUUCUCAACGGUUAAUUCAACACGAUACCCAGUAUAAUUCGAUUGGACAAGAAGAAUCACGCUGCUUCUUUCAGCCGCGAAGUCCUUCCAUCUUCGAUCUAGCGUUUGAGCACCCAACGUGUUCUGUUUCAGUCUACAAAGAAGAAACAACAGUAGCACCAUCAACGAUCCCGAGCGGGUUCCUGCCUGUUUUAACAACGGACCAAUAGAUCUACCAUUAGUUUCUUCGAAAAUCAUCGAAGUAGACGACGACGACCGCUACGGGACACACGGAAACACAACUUCAGUUGCUUCUGUUGUUGCUCAGUUUCGUUGUCAGUUCGGUGCUCGCUUUCGCUAGUUUUUUCGACAUUCUUGAGCAGUGGUUAACGCAUGCAUCCACAAAGUAAGCCCCACAAGCUAAACGAGGCCGAUAGUCGGGCAAACAAAGAGGCAACGUAUAUUACGGAUAACUAUUGAAGUGUAUGUAGUAGGAGCAAUGAAAUCAUUAUUUGUACGGAACGUGGCGGUAACGGAUCGCACAGCCGAUUCAGCAAUAAUCAAUCGCUGCUUAAAAGGCGUGAUCUCUGAAUACCUUAGGCAUAAGAACGGCACGUCGCAAUGCAGGAUUGGAUGAGUUAGGAUUGAGAAAACUAAAACCAACCAGAAUUCAGCUUCCAGACAAAAGUCAAUUUUAAGCAGUCUACUGAUUACUGCCAGUAGAGACUGCCUAGCGUUUCUUUGCGCCAGGGUUUCCCAUCCAUCGCACCACGUUACACAGACAUUGUCUAUAAUUGUUCGUUACGACCGUAGUGUCACAUCGCUGAUCGUCAUCACUGUUUCCUCUAGUAGACGGAGUGGUCUGUUGCAUGCCCACUGGCCUGGUUGCCCCUCUUACUAGCCACUACCGCCGCCGCCGCCGCCGCCGCCUCGACUCAAGCUAGCACUGCCUCUCGGAGGAAGGGUCACCAGCUACAGAUAGGGAGGGCCGGCGCUGAGCAUGCUUAGUGAUCAACCUUCUCCACAGCAGUACCCACCCGGCAACAGCUAGAGACUACCAACCAUAGAAAUACGCAUUGCGCUUCGUAUAGGAUGCCACAGUAUGAUGACGAAGUGAUGGCCUGACUGCCUACUGGUUUGUUGCUUAGUUUACUGAAGCUCAUUCGGUGGAGAGUCGAAUCAUCAAACAUCAUCGUGAUCAUCAUCAUCAUUGCUGCUUGCAUACAAACUAUAACCACGAAUGGCAGAAUCCACACUCUCGCUGGUAGGGCGCCACCAUCAUUGAGCUGUGUGUAUGGAUGUCUAUUGAGAGCAAAUCGUAUGAAGGGACCUACUGAGAGCACGACUGACGCCUGCUCAACGCGAAUACCGAAAGCCGUCAUCACGGCGAUAUUAGUAAGCAGCCUGCGUCACUAUUCAAUCAGUGGCCCAAAAUAUAUGAGAGUGGUCGAGACCAGCGUAUUUCUACCUAAGAUAACGCCUGUCAUCGUACCGUGACCCUAGUUCUUACCAAGAUCUUUCUGUCUUAUCUGCCUGUCUCUUCCUAUUGCAAUAUACUCGUACGCUGUGUGGCGUUCCGCCGCGCGCAGUCCGCGAGUUCGGUGCAACGAGUGGCGGGUGGGAGACAAAUUUCGCGCCGGACCAACUAAAUUUACAUUCAGUAAUGAUAGAAAUGUGACUAGCCGCAUCUGAACCGAGAGUCACGUGCCUCGAAGCGCCUGUGUCGUUGAGAAGUGUGCUGCGCCACACCGAAGGGCAGUAACAAAAAGUAGUGACAACAAGCACCAUCAGGACUGAUGAAAAGUGGCUAUCGCCUUGUUCAGGGAGUCGCUUGAAGCAGAGCCGUUGAAAUAAGCAGACGCUACUGAUCGGUCGAUUUAUCUGUACAGACGCAUUGUUUGGAUCCGUCUGUUAACAGUUCCUCUAUCCGACCGUCGCCGUCUUCGCCUCAUUGAUUAGAUCAACAGGAUCGCUGGCACUGGCCAGUUAGAGAACGUCGAAACGGCUAACUCUGACUAGAGCGACUUCUGACAACUUGUGCCGCCACCGUAGCAGAAAAAAAUGUAUACGCUUAACGUGAAUUCGGAUGAUUAUCGUAGGCUCGGAAUAUAAUUUAUUAGUUGAUGAUCGAGUACAGUUAUAAUUGCCCGUCAUCACCACUGGAAAGGACUUUGGUGUAUUUGCAUAAGAAACGUACUGAAUUGGAGAUAAAAAAAAAAAGAAGUUGCGUGCUAUUGUUGCUAUUAAGGGGAAGUGGCAACCGUAAGGAUAUUUGAGAGUGGAUAGUUAUCGGUAUAAAGGUACACUUUAAAUACAAGUGCUGAAAAAUAACUAUCUGGUGUGUUUCUUUGCGACCAUUCGACUCGAACAGAAUAUUUGAUAAGAACGCAAAUGUCGGACAACAACUGUAAUCAUGUUCUGAAUGAGGUAGUUUGAAUGAAGCUUGAUUUUCGACUGCCUAAGAAGUUAAACCAGGCUGAUCAACCUGUCAGAUACUGAUAAUUGCGAUUUCUACGUCCUUAAUUCGCCUUAAGGACGCCUUGACUUUAAAUAAGCGUACGGGUGCCAGCUAUUUGACCAACGUCGUUACCAUUAGCAAAAGGAAUCACAGUUCUUUAGGAAUCACUAUCUAACCGAUCGCAACGUCUCGGCACUCACAGACGGCAUUGCUAAACUCCGCUGUUACGGAGCCUGCAAGAACGGAAGUAACAACAAUUCGCGAGUCGUUUGUCAUCCGCUCGCUGCCGAAAGUUACGCUAAGCUUUUGUUGCCGUGGUUGUUAUCAGCCGCGCGAACCUCGUCGACGCUCAAAUUUCUGCUUGGGUCUAGACACAGCCUAAAAGCAAUAGCUGUUGUAAUACGAGGGAGAGACGUUAAAGAGGAGUGGCGCCAGUCACGGGCAUACAAUCUAGUUGUUGUUAUUCUGCGCCAUACACGUGUCGGUCGCUGCUCGCAGAUGCUGCUUACGACGAACGAAGACGUUUUGCCGCAGCUGCCCCUGCUGCCGUCGUCGGGCCUUGGACACUGCAUGCUGACAUCCUUGCCAAAGCUGAGCACACUCAGCUCGUUGCAUUCGCUAGGUACGUUCGGCAUGCUGAGUGUGAUCUUUGGACGUGGCGGCCGAAGCAAGUCGGUAGCGAUCAGCGAGGCUGACCCUACCUAUAAGUGCGUGUAUCUCGGUAAUGUAAUCACGCCUUGGGCGAAGAAUAUUGACGCGGCUGCCGCCACGCUCUGGAACAAUCAUGUCCGGCGCCAGCAUACGCAGGGUAGCAAUGUGACACAAAUGAAAGUCAGCCUUACCCGGCAGGGUGUCAAGGCAUGGACCUCUCAGCAUGGACUCACCGAAUAUUGGGCGUCGAGGAUCACCCACUGCUCGGCCGCACCUCAAGACAACUACCCGCACAUGUUCUGCUGGGUCUAUCGUCACGAGAGUGGACAGCGGGCGUUCAAGCAAGAGCUCCGGUGUCAUGCAGUUUUGUGUUCGAAGGCUGGCCAGAUGGAGACGCAGCUCCGGCAACGUUUGCAUGACGCGCUUCAGGAGUUCCGGCGUGAAAAGAUGGCCGCUCAGCGUGCUCGCCUCUCGACCGGCCAGGCGAACGUACGACGUCAAAUGUUGUCGACAGGUUCGUCGAACUAUCGCCGUCCUCGUAUCCUCAAAUUGGACUCGAUCGAAGAGGCGUUCGAAGAACCGAUGAUUGAAUGCUGUACCGAUAUCAGUCAACUGCACUCGUUAACGUUAACGAGCUCGAGUAGCACGAAUGGCGGAGGAACCCUUGUACUCGACGAUCUAGACGAUAUCCAAGAGCGUGAUGACGAUCUUCAGCAGUUACAGCAAGCUGAUAAUGUUUCCCAGGAAAGUGGAUGCUCCUGAUUCUUCCCGGUCUCUACAAACUAACAACAAGCUGACGCCACAGCGCUCGCUAAGCGCGGUCGGCAGCUGGAAAUAACGUCGCGUCGGUUCAAGCAAUCUGUUGACUGC